AUGACGGCCAUGACCACCGCAAGCCAAGUCAACGCGCAGGCGCCCGUCUGCACGCUCAGCUAUCGCCAGUUUCAUCUGCUUUGGACGCUCCCGCUCUGCGUGCUCCUCUUUCUCGUCGCCAGGCCCUUCCUCACCAAACUCGACCGUGCCAAGCUCAUCCUGCUACCCAUCAUCGCUUUCCUAUGGACAACGCCCUGGGACAACAUCAUCGUCAAAAACCGCGCCUGGUCCUACCACCGCCACUGCAUCUGGUUCACCAUCGGCUACGUCCCCAUCGAAGAGUACUUCUUCUUUAUCAUCCAAAGCCUCAUCUCCACCCUCUGGUGCACCCUCCUUACAAGAUGGCAUCUGCCCAACCUCUACCUCGCACCGCCUGCCGACGGCCGCCGUCGUCGCAGUCUUGCCACUCCCACCCUCGUCGCGCUCAUCGUGCCAUUCCUCCUCGGCCUCAGACUCGCCGUACCAGACACCCACUCGUACUACUUUGGCAUGAUCUCCUGGUGGGCCUCCUUGCCCCUCGCUCUUCUGCUCUGGGGCUCCAUCGACUUUAUCCGCAACAUGCCCAUCCGCGCUGGCCUCCUCCCCUUUGCCCUCUCCGUCAUGGCUCCAACAGUGUAUCUGUGGUGCUCCGACGUCUACGCCCUCCGUCGCGGAACCUGGCACAUCAACGAGGCCACCUCGCUCAACAUCUUCCCCAUACCGGACCUCCCCGUCGAGGAGAUGCUCUUCUUCCUCGUCACCAACCUCAUCCUCGUCAGUGCCUGCUACACCUUUGACCGAUGCGUCGCCAUCUGCAGGCAGACCGCUGCCUCAGAGCGUCCUCCCCUGUCGCCCAGCUAUCUGCCGCUCGCCGCUCCAUCCACCUACUCGGAGCUCUGGAAAGCCUUUGUCCGCUCCGACCACCGCCCACACCUCACCACCGCGCUAUCGGCGUGCGUCGAGCCUCGCGAUCUGUCGGCGUCCUUGCGCGUGCUUCGCGCCGCCUCCAAGUCCUUCAACGCCGCCAGCCUGCUGCUACCCUGGGAUCUGCGCACCGAUCUCGGCUGCCUCUACGCCUUUUGCCGCGUGGCUGACGACCUGGUCGACGACGAGGCGGAGAGUGUCGAGGCGAAAUCGCAGAAUCUCGAGGUGGUCAGGCGCAUCGUGGAUGCCAUCUACGCAGAGUCGGACACCAACGGCAAGGCGGCGCUCAACUCUGCAGAGGGGCCUGCCGUGCCCAUCAGCGAUCGCAUGCGUCUGCUGCUCGCCUCGGUGGCGUUGGCGGAAAGCGUCAAGGAGGAUGUACGCGCAGCCGCAGCGUCAAUAGCGCCGCUCACACACUACAUCCCCAAGCGUCUUUGGUACGAGAUGCUCGAGGGCUACAGCACCGAUCUGCGCUUCGAGCAUGCGGAUGUACACAAGCGCACGCGUCUGAUCACCAUGGACGAUCUCGUCGAGUACUCGCAGUGCGUCGCCGGCGUCGUCGGAGAAAUGUGCACGCGCGUCAUCCUCGGCCGCUGCGGACUCGCGGUGCCUCUCGAUUUGCACGUCGAUCGCAAGAUCGUGCUCGGAGGUAUUCCUGCGGACGGGCGCGACGACAAGUCUUCGCCAUUAGCAGGCGGCGCGCCGGCAGCUCCACUCGACCUGUCGAAAGCUGCCGACAUGCAUGCGCUGCUGUACGAGGCGCGUCGUAUGGGUGUCAGCCUGCAGCUGGUCAACAUUGCGCGCGACGUGGUGCCGGACGCACUCGAGCUGCGCCGAUGCUACCUUCCCGCCGACCUGUUUGAGGAGGCGGACGGCGGCAUGCAAGAGGCACUGCUGCACGGCCGCUUGAACGUGCCCAAACGUAGCGCUGCCGCAGCGGGCACGGCCGGCAAGUCGAAAGCCGAGGAAGCCGAGGCGGUGCAGGCGGUGCAGGCGGCGCAGGUGGCGGUUGAGCCUCGCGAGGUGCGCAAGUAUGCGCUCCGACUGUUGGCCAUGUCGCGUCGACUGUACGAUCAGGCGUAUCCUGCGCUCGGUCAGAUCCCCAACCGGCCGGCGCGCGCGGGCCUCAAGGCAGCAUGCGCCGUGUACGCUGCGAUUGGCACCAAGAUCGAGGCGCAGAAUGCCGACGACGUGGCAUCGGGCCGACGUGCACGCAUGUCGAAUCGGGACCGCAUCGUGCGUGCCGUCGCGGCGGUCUACUUUGGCGUGUGA